AUGAAACUCGGAAUUCUUAAUGGUAUUGUUGACUUUUUAGAUAACAAAGGAAAAGAAAUAUCUGAUUCUACAGAGAAAAUCCAAAAACUUCAAACAGAGCUAAACGAAAUUCAAAAACAAAAAAGUGACAACGAAAUACAAUCACUUCAAUCUCAACUCAAUCAAAUCAAUGAAGAAAGCAACAAAUUAAAAGAAAAACUCAAUGAAAUGGAAAGUAACACCAAUCAAAUCGAUGAAACAAUUUUAUCAAAAAUUAAAGAGCUAAAGGAAUCAGAUGAUUUCAAAAGUAUAUACAAUUUCCUUGAUGAGCUUUCAUCUCAAGGAAAUCGAAAAAUGAUUUCUAAAUCAUGUGAAGAAGGACUUUGGAAGAAGAUCUCUAACAAAGUGAAGCUUGAUGAAAUUAAUGUACUUCAUGUAGCAAGUGAAAGAGGAAAUCUCAAACUUAUCAAAUCUCUCAUUGAAGGUGGCUGUGAUAAAGAAACAAGAAGUUAUUAUGAUUAUACUCCACUCGUUUAUGCAUCAAGAUAUGGUCACCUUGAAGUUGUUAAAUAUCUUAUCUCUAUUGGAGCUUAUAAAGAAGCAACUGGUGAUCAAGGAAAUACUCCACUAAUUUGCGCAUCAUUUAAUGGUCAUCUUGAAAUUGUUAAAUACCUUAUCUCCAUUGGAGCUAAUAAAGAAGCACAGAAUAAAGAUGGAGAUACUCCACUCAUUAAGGCAUCAAAAAAUGGUCAUCUUGAGGUUGUUAAGUACCUUAUCUCAAUUGGAGUUAAUAAAGAAGCACAGAAUAAUGAUGGAAGCACCGCACUCUCAGUUGCAAAAAGCGACGUAAGAGAUUAUUUUAAAUCUGUCUGA